CUUCCCCCCCCCUUCAGCCUUUUCAACAACAACGACCCUGUCAUCUUGAUACCAGCACUACGAGUCCCGUCCCCUCAUUCGUCUUACGAGAUAUACCCCCACCUCCGUCGACGAUAUAAUCAACACGAUCAAUCACGAAGAAGAACAACAAGGCAACGAUCGACCACGACCACAAUCAGAGAUCAGAUACAAAUUCCUUGCAUAAACGAUCGUUAUACCAGAACAUCACAACACACCAUACCACAACACAACACAUUCUAUCACAUCGUGUCCUACAGCGAUACCUAAUCUGCAAACACUGCCAUGAAGUAUUCUGCCAUCUCGGCGGUACCACUCGCCGUACUGGCUGCAUACCAGGCCAACGCCCAGGUCACGGUAUAUACGGGCAUUCCAUCACGGACGGCCACUGCUGAUCCUGCUGAAGCGACGGUCGACUAUGCCGGUCUCCCGGCUUACGACCCCUUGACCCUCGAACCCCCUGCCCCACCCGAAACGCCCGUCACAUCGUACGGCCUGACCGUCCCCUCCACUGAAGACGCCUUGAUCGCGGCCGGCCGUCAACUGAGUAUCCAGCAAAAGGGGAGUUUCUUGGGAUUUAGUAUCGAACUGAGUGUGGCGCCUUCUAUCAUCGGACAACACGCCAACAGUCUCAAAGUCCCCUUCCUCAACUACAUGGCCAACAUCCGAAAUCGAGCCGGACACGGUGCCUUGGUCAGGAUCGGAGGGAACACGCAAGAAUCUUCGACUUUGUAUACGCAGGGGACGGAUGAUGGGUCGAUGAUCGAGAAGAUCAAGGAGGAAGGGGCUUCGGUGACAUCGACACCGACCAUCAACUAUUCUGAUGAUCUCUUCUACGCCAUGGCCAACAUCUCCGCCGUCGUCGGCGUAGACUGGUACUUUGGACUGCCUUUCAACCAGUCGGCAGUGGAGAACAAGAUUGACAACAUUUACGAGGUUGCCCAGACCGCACAGGCGAUCUUGGGGGAGAGGUUGUUGGGUCUACAGAUGGGUAACGAACCUGAUCUCUACUCGGACCACCAAAAGCGGGAUCCCGGCUACGGACCGACCCAGUUCAACGACGAGUGGAUGAGCAUCAAGGAUGAGAUCCGUUCUGAGGGCAAUCUGAAGCAGUCGCAGAACUUUUUGAUCGGACCUUCGAUCUGUUGCGAGGUGGAAGGGUUCUUGCUGGACGACGUUCUGAACGCUGGGUUCUUGACGGACAACUUGGACGCACUCGCUAUCGUCGCCGUGCAGCAUUACCCGGAAAACAACUGUGGGAUCGACGGAAAGGUCACCAACCCGCAAGACAUCUUUGCCAGCUACCUCACCCACAACUCUGCCGUCGGCCUCGUCGGCCCUUAUAUCGACGGGACGACGCAAGUCUUGGCGGCCGGCAAGGAUAUCAUGAUGAUGGAGUUUGGGACUGCCAGUUGUGGUGGUUUCCCCGGGUUGUCGGAUAGUUUCGGGGCAGCGCUUUGGACCAUCGACUAUGCUAUGCAGAUGGCUACUCAGAACUUUACCGCCGCCUUGCAGCACGUCGGUGGACAGAACGUGUACUACAACGCUUUUACGCCCCCACCCAACAAUCUCGCCUCGUCCGGAUACCAAUGGACCACCGGAUCCGUUUACUACCCGACGAUUAUCAUGGCCGAGCUCUUUGGUUCGAGCAACCAGAGUCAGAUUGUCGACCUAGGCGCCGAUAACAACAACGAAUACCACCCGGCCUACGCCGUCUACGAGAAUGGCGUGCCCACGAGGAUCGCGCUUAUCAAUUUCGUCUCGGACGCUUCGAAUGCAAACGAUCUGACGGUCACGAUUGAUAUGGGUGGUCAGCCGUUCCCUAAACAGACUGUUGACGUCAGGUACUUUUCCGCCUCGUCCGUCGCCGAAAAGUACGAGAUCUACUGGGCCAACCAGACCCUCCGAACGUCGUUUGCCAGUGACGGAAGGCUCUACGGGGAUAGGGAGACGGUCACCAUCAACUGCGAUACCGGCGCCAACACCUGUUCCAUCCCGCUCAAGGCUCCCUCGAUGGCCAUCGUCUUCCUCACCGACCAGUCCCUGGCCUCGUCGACUUCGGACGAUACGGCAUCGACGGCAACGUUUGCUACGUCGGUCGUCAACGUCGGUUCGGCGACCGUCGAUGUCGGAGCGAUCCAAUCUGGGAACGGUCAGGCAGGAGGUGGGAACGGAGGAAACGCCGUAUUGGGGAGCAACAGUAAAGGGAGCAUCAACGCGGGUGGGAAGACCAUUCCCGGAGCUCUCUCCUUGUCGACGAUCGGGAUGAUGAGUUUGGUUAUGGGCCUGGUGGCGUGGGUUGGGUUGGGAGCGUGAUCCCUCUUUUGGUUUGGUGUAUCGUUUUUGAGAGAUCUUUUCACGAGUCUGGUCAUGAUCUGGGUUUCUCGUCACGUAGUUUAAUCUGUACUACAAACAUCCCAUGUAGCCUAUCGCGAUUUACACGUUCCUUUGUGC